AUGCUCAACGAUGUCAAGUCGAGUUCUGGACUCUUCAAACAACGUGGACCCGCAGCGCUCCGCCGUCUUUUUCAUUCUCGGAACCGUUUGAAAGUACGCUUUCUCUAAUUUCUCCGUCACAAUUAUGUAUUUUCGUUUUAGAAUUGAACGUGGGGGACGGACAAACGGACGGAGAAAACGUUUUUGAGUUACCGUGGUAAGUGUUUUGUAUUCUCUGCCUUUCAUUUGAUACAACUUACUUCCGGUCCGCUCAGACACCAACCUGAUAAUACUAAUGUCAUUUUCUCAACCUAAUGGAUGUUGAUUUGAUAGAAUUCUUAUAACAAUGCAUUUGCAAUGCCAUUUUUUCCGUUCAAGUAACUUUUGCUGCAGGUGACGCCGUCAUGAUCGAUUGCAUUGGGAACUCUGCGUACUUGGCCGAUCCGGAAGUGUACAAACUCGUGAUGCACAUCCAGACGGCCAUUGCGAUUCCAUUGCACAUCUAUGGAGUCUACUGUAUUCUGUUCAGGACUCCUAAGAGGAUGAGUUCGGUUAAAUGGAUAUUUCUAAUGCUGCAUGGAUUCAGUGUCUUGAGCGAUAUCACCUUCAGCUUUCUUUUUCUUCCUUUCAUCAUUCUCCCACUUCCCAUCGGAUAUCCAUUGGGUAUUUUUGAUUAUCCAUUGCUGGAAACCUACAUGAUUGUCACUCUUGCGGCUUGUGAGCCCUAUUCACCGAAAAGCUCUCGACUCAUGAUACUUUCAGUGAUUGGCUUCUCAAUUCUUACAGUCUCCGAGAAUCGAUAUCAUGUGUUAUUCGGCAAUCCGUUCUGGCAAAAAACUCGCAAAACAUACUUGUUUCUCAACUUUCUUCUAGCAAUUACCGGCUUCAUUCCGCCCUUUUAUUAUACUCCGGAACAAACAUUUUCCGAUCAAACUCUCAGUCAUUUUUCAGAGGUAAGCAAUUAUAAAGUACGUUCAAAAGCAAUGAAGAUUCCAGAUAGUAUCGUGCAACUUGAGGCCAGCCUUCGGGGACCGAAAACUGGUCAUAAUGACGUUGGACCCCCUGCCGAUCACCAUUUGUCUGGCGAUCUUGGCUGUCAAUUUCACGCUCCAAGUCUUCUUCAUGUUCUUCUUGGUCUUUGUGAAAGUGAUGCAACGCGAUCAAAAGCUUUCAAGGAUGUCCCGAAAAACGCAUGAUUUGCAGAAAAAGUUUGCAAUAGCACUGACCAUCCAGGUACAUUUCUCUUCUUUUUUCUUCAACUAUCAACUUUGGUUUUCAGACGUUCAUACCGUUCACACUGAUCAUCAUCCCAAUCACCUACGUCGUUUUUGCAAUGACCACGGGGUAUCUGAAUCAGUCAUUCAAUAAUGCUGCCAUAUGCACCCUUGCCUCCCACGGAUUCUUCUCCACACUCGCCAUGAUUCUUGUCCAUCAACCCUACCGCGAUGCCACGUUUUCCUGGAUUCCGAAGAACAUUUUCAAACCGAUGAAGACUCACUGUACAACAAGCUCCGCGUUUCAACAUUUCUAGGUUUCCAAUGAUAAACUUCGAGUUGGCAAACUUGAAAAACUAUAAACGGACUGAAUAGAUGGAAAUGUGCAAUACUGCCUUCUACAUAAUUUCAUUGACUGACAUUGCACCUGUUCUCCAAAACGUGUUUCGCGAGCUCUUUUUUCAUUCCGUUUCAGUCUUUCUCUCUUUAUUUCGUUGUCCGUCCCCACUUUCAUUUCUGAAACGGAAAAAGUUGUGACGGAGAAAUUAGAGAAAUGAGCACGUGCACUUUCUAACGGUCCUGAGAAUCUAACAAACGGCACUGGUAAUUUUCGGCAGGUUGCUGCAAAAAUCGGCAUUUUGCCGAUUCCUUGCCGUGCCCUUGCCGCCCCUUUGCCGAUUCAUGCCAUCGAAAAGUUUGCCGUUUCUAGGAGCCGCACACGAGCGUCAGCUCGGUUCCAGGUUCCAAAAGUUGUUAGUGAAUGGAUGUUUAACUCUCUGUUAAUGCGCAAGUGAAACAUCAAGACCACAAUUCGAUAAAUUUAAUCGAUUCUUGUUAUGAUUUGUUAAAUUUCCUCGGCCUACCACUUCAGUCACUACUUUUGCUGCAGGUGAAGGUGAAGUCACAGCCGUUGUGUGUUCACCAACUUUGAGAAUAAAAAAGCCCUCGCCUAUGAUCGAUUGCAUCGGGAACUCUGCGUACUUGGCCGAUCCGGAAGUGUACAAGCUCGUGAUGCACAUCCAGACGGCCAUUGCGAUUCCAUUGCACAUCUAUGGAGUCUUCUGUAUUCUGUUCAAGACUCCUAAGAGGAUGAGUUCGGUCAAAUGGAUAUUUCUAAUGCUGCAUGGAUUCAGUUUUAUGUGUGACAUCACCUUUAGCGUACUUUUUAUACCUUUUAUCAUUCUCCCACUUCCCAUCGGAUAUCCAUUGGGUAUUUUUGAUUAUCCAUUGCUGGAAACCUACAUGAUUGUUACUCUGAUGUCUUGUGAGUUUGAUUCACAAAAAGGUCUUGACUCAUAAUAUUUUCAGUGAUUGGCUUCUCAGUUCUUACAGUCUCUGAAAGUCGAUAUCAUGUGUUGUUCGGCAAUCCGUUCUGGCAGAAAACUCGCAAAACUUACUUGUUUCUCAACUUUCUUCUAGCAAUUACCGGCUUCAUUCCGCCCUUUUAUUAUACUCCGGAGCAAACAUUUUCCGAUCAAACUCUCAGUUAUUUUUCAGAGGUAAGCAAUUAGAAAGUACGUUCAAAAGCAAUGAAGAUUCCAGAUGGUAUCGUGCAACGUGAAACCAACUUUCAGGGACCGAAAGCUGAUAGUUCUGGCUGUGGAGCGCCAGCCGAUCAGCAUCUGUCUGGCAAUCUUGGCUGUCGCGUUCACUUUCCAAAUUUUGUUCAUAUUCUUCUUGGUCUCUGCGAAAGUGAUGCAACGCGAUCGAAAGCUUUCAAGGAUGUCCCGAAAAACGCAUUAUUUGCAGAAAAAGUUUACAAUUGCCUUGACUAUUCAGGUACGUUUCUCUUCCAAUUUCUUCAACUAUCAACUUUGGCUUUCAGACUUUUCUACCGUUCACUCUGAUCAUCAUCCCCGCCUCUUAUAUCGUGUUGGCAAUGAUCACGGGAUGGCUGAAUCAGUCACUCAGCAAUGCGGCCUGUUGCAUCAUCGCUUCUCACGGAUUCUUCUCCACAAUCGCCAUGAUUCUUGUGCAUCAACCCUACCGCGAUGCCACGUUUUUCUGGAUUCCUCUAAUGAUAGAAUCGAUAAAAACUAAUCGGACAGUCAGCACUGCUACUAUACAUUCUUAGAUUUUCAAUGAUAAACUUUUAUGAAGUUUCAGAAGGGCCAGAGUUUUGAAUUGAGAGCAACAGUUGCAAUGCAAUAGAAUUUGAGCAACUUAUGUCGCACCUGUUGUUCAAGAAUUCUUUCGCGAGCUUUCUUUUUUAGUUUUAUAAACAAAACGAGUAUCUUGAACUUCCGUUUCUAGUGACUACGGACAAGUGUUUCCCAAACGCUUUCCGAACUGAUACCAUUCAGUAUUCUACCAUUAGCCCUGAAGUUUGGGUACAGAAAAGUCAGUUGAACACAUGUUUCCAUCAAGAAUACCACUAUUUGAUAACAUUCGUCAAUUUUUGUUUUCAUGAUCGCCUCAAAGUUGUUAAAUUUGCUAUGACAUUGCGGCCUAACACUUUAGUUAUUACUUUUACUGCAGGUGAAGGCGAACUCGGCCGUUUUGGUCACCAACUUUCAGAAUAAACCCUCUGUACCCUAUGAUCGAUUGCAUCGGGAACUCUGCGUACUUGGCCGAUCCGGAAGUGUACAAACUCGUGAUGCACAUCCAAACGGCCAUUGCGAUUCCAUUGCACAUCUAUGGAGUCUACUGUAUUCUGUUCAAGACUACUAAACGGAUGAGUUCGGUCAAAUGGAUAUUUCUGAUGCUACAUGGAUUCAGUGUCUUGAGCGAUGUCACCUUCAGCCUUCUUUUUCUUCCUUUCAUUAUUUUUCCGCUUACCAUCGGAUAUCCAUUAGGAAUUUGGGAUCAUCCACUGUUGGAAUGCUACAUGAUUGUCACUCUAAUUUCUUGUGAGCCCGUCACAUUCACCGAAAAGCUCUCGACUGACAAUACUUUCAGUGACUGGCUUCUCAAUUCUUGUUGUCACCGAAAAUCGAUAUCACGUGUUGUUCGGCAAUCCGUUCUGGCAAAAAACUCGCAAAACAUACUUGUUUCUCAACUUUCUUCUAGCAAUUACCGGCUUCAUUCCGCCCUUUUAUUAUACUCCGGAACAAACAUUUUCCGAUCAAACUCUCAACGAGAUUUCAAAGGUAAGCAAUGAUAAAGUAAGUUCAAAAACAAUGAAGAUUCCAGAUAGUUUCGUGCACCUUGAGGCCAGCCUUCGAGGACCGAAAACUGGUAAUCCUGGGAGUAGACCCCCUGCCGAUCACCAUUUGUCUGGCAAUCUUGGCUGUCAAUUUCACGUUCCAAGUCCUCUUCAUGUUCUUCUUGGUGUUUGUGAAAGUGAUCCAACGCGAUCGAAAUCUUCCGAUGAUGUCCCGAAAAACGCAUGAUUUGCAGAAAAAGUUUGCAAUAGCACUGACCAUCCAGGUACGUUUCUCUUCCUUUUUCGUCAACUAUGAACUUUGCUUUUCAGACGUUCAUACCGUUCACACUGAUCAUCAUCCCAAUCACCUACGUCGUGCUGGCAAUGAUAUUUGGUUUGUUGAAUCAGUCAUUCAACAAUGCUGCCAUAUGCACCCUUGCCUCCCACGGAUUCUUCUCCACAAUCGCCAUGAUUCUUGUGCAUCAACCCUACCGCGAUGCCACGUUUUUCUGGAUUCCCUUACUGUUGAAGUCGAUGAAAACUAACCGGACAGUAAGCACAUCUACUAUAUAUUUUUAACUUUUCCAUGUUAUCAGGUUUUAGGACGAGUUUUCUGUAAGUGAUCGCAUAAAAACAGUAUUAGGUGCGACAAAGGUCACAAAGUUCGCUGAUACUUUUGGUCAGACAAUAAUCAAGUAAUACUUCUAAUCUUUCAUUUUAUUAUUUUCCUUUUUCUAAACGAUAAUAGCUGUUAUUCAAUUAAUUGUGUCGCAGGUGCAAUCGAUCCUUCUCCCCCUCCCCAGACCCAUUAUUAUUAUUGCGCACAAUUCGAUUUGCCUCCGUUAAAUUCAAUGAAUGAUUGCAUCGCUAACAGUGAAUAUUUAGCCGAUCCGGACGUUUUCAAACUCGUUCUUCACAUUCAAACUUGCAUCGAACUUCCGCUUCACAUGUACGGAGUCUACUGUAUUCUGGCGAAGACGCCGAGUCGCAUGAGGUCGGUCAAAUGGAUAUUUCUGAUGUUGCACGGAUUCAGUGUCUUGUGCGAUGUCACCAUCAGCGUCGUCUUCAUUCCGUUCGUCUUCUUCCCAAUGACAAUCGGAUACGCAUUGGGUGCCUGGGAUUAUCCAGCGAUCGAGUGCUACGGAAUUGUCACAAUUGUCUGUUGUAAGUCAAGUUUGAAUAGCAAUGAGAAUUCUGUGAGUGCCGUUCAAUUUCUCACGUGAAAAAGCCCAGGCACCCAAAUUUUUGAGGUGGUUGCACAAGAACUGGGACCACUGCCAUUGAAAAAUAGCUUUUUCGCAUGACAAAUCGAACUUUAUGGCUACGUACUGAAAUUCCUCAAAAACCCAACCCAUUUCAGUGAUUGGCUUCUCAAUUCUUGUCGUUUUCGAAAAUCGCUACCAUGUGCUAUUCGGCAAUGUUACGUGGAAAAAAGUUCGGGAGCCAUACUUGUUUCUCAAUUUUCUUCUAGCAAUCACUGGCUUCGUUCCACCGCUAUUCUUCACUCCUGAUCGAGAUGUGGACAUUGGCGAGUUAUCAAAGGUAAGGAAUACUGUACGCAACGUUUUAUAAGUGUAUUAGAGGAAGGCUAGUAAAUUUCGUUAUUGUACAUUCACAUACACAGUUCCGGUUUUAGGUCGCUGAAUUUCAGGCGUCAUAAUUUAUAAUUCUGCACAAUUCAAUGUUCUGUGUGCUGCUAAGAAACAGCCGAUCACUAAAACACCUUUUGUGCUUGAUAACUUCAAAGAACAUGACUAGAAGUUGGUAAAAGUCUAGGUCUAGGACUAUUGAUCCGAAACUCCUUGUCUGGUUGUCUAGUAACAUUACUCAUUCAGGCCCUCUCCUGCGCCUUGCAACCAACCUACCGGGACCGUAACCUGUACGUGAUGGCCGUCGAGUCGGACCUGAUCAUGAUCUGCAUGGCCUACCUGACCGUCAGCUACACCGUCCAAGUGCUCUCCUUCUUCUUUUUGAUCUUCACGAGAAUCAUCCGACGCGACAAGAAAAUGAAUGUCGUCUCGCAGCGGACACACACUUUGCAGAAGAAGUUCGCGAUUGCGCUCACCAUUCAGGUUCGUCAUUUUCUAGGCUUCUUCGGCUACAUUUCAAUUUUCAGACUUUCGUACCGUUCACACUGAUCAUCAUCCCGAUCACCUAUAUCGUAGUGUCAAUGAUCAUCCAAUACUUCAAUCAAACCCUCAACAACCUGAUCGUCUGUGUCAUUGCGUCUCACGGAUUCUUCUCCACUCUCACCAUGAUUCUGGUGCAUCGACCUUAUCGGGAUGCCACGUUCUCCUGGAUUCCCUCCAUCAUGAAAAGUGCGCGUACGCCGAGUUGUGCAGUUACCAAUCAAUACUUUUAA